CUAUGGUUACAUGUGUUGUUAGGCAGAUACCUGGUUUGUUGUUAGCUAGCUAGCUUUUCGGGGCUACUGAGCUAACUAGGCGAAUUCUGGACAAACGGUAGGCAACUUAACAAAAAAAGAUUUAUUCAGCACUGGUGUCUGAAUCAUCUUACAACCCAGGUAACUUGGAGCUCCAGUGGUGAUCUCUUGGCAGAGGGAUCAUGUCCGGAGACCUGGUUGGGGUUUGGGACGUGGCCCUGAGUGAUGGGGUUCACAGGAUUGAAUUUGAACAUGGCACAACCACGGGGAAACGCGUCAUCCAUGUAGAUGGCAAGGAGGUCCUGAGGAGAGACUGGAUGUUCAAGCUGGUUGGCAAGGAGACGUUUUACGUAGGAAGCACAGACACAAAGGCCACCAUUAACAUUGACGCGGUGAGUGGGUUCGCCUACGAAUACACACUGGAGAUCAACGGCAAGAGCCUGAAGAAAUACAUGGAGAACCGUUCUAAGGUGACAAGCACUUGGCUGCUCAACCUGGACGGCGUAGACUGCAGAGUCGUCCUGGAGAAAGACACCAUGGACAUUUGGUGCAACGGGCAGAAAAUGGAGACAGCCGGGGAGUUUGUGGAUGACGGCACAGAGACGCACUUCACUCUAGGCGACCAUGACUGCUGCAUCAAGGCCGUGAGCAGCGGGAGGAGGAGAGACGGCAUCAUCCACACACUCCUGGUGGACGGCAAUGAAAUGGCCGAGGCCAGCGAAUGAUCGUCUGUGAAUCCUGUGAUGUAGGAAGUUGUGGUUUUAACCCUCAUGUUCUUCACUACAGUGGUUGUCCUACUGACUCAGGCCAUCACUUUAGAAUUUAAAGCAAUACAGAUGUAUCAUUUAGUUUAAAUUCGCAGUACAUUCCCAGUAAUCGCAGCACUAAGAAUGAGAAAUGAUAUCAGUAGAUGCAGGAAAGCACUUCCUGUAUGCUGAGAGCACAGGCAAAGGGAGCUGUCAUUUGUACUUCAGAUUUAACACUUAAAAGUGACCUGAAAGUAAUUCAUGUAAGAAUUUUUUUUUCUUUUUUCUUAAGAAACUAAGCCAAAUUCAUGCUGGCAACAUUAGUUUUAGUGUGAAGAAAAUGAAAAUGGGGAAAAAUGGGAGCCAAAGAGAACACAAGGGUUAAACUGAUCUGGCCCUUGUACUGGUUUAACGUAACAUUUCCGAAUUGACCGUAAAAAAGGGCAACCUUUAGCUUUCGUGUGUUUGUGCGUUUGUAGUACGAGGGUUAGAGAUUCUUAUAUACACUACAGUUUAUGGCCAGAAGUAUGUGAACACCUGACCAUUACACCUAAAUGUGUUUCCGUCCUCAAACUGUUGCCACAAACUUGGAAGCACACAGUUGUAUAAAAUGUCUUUGCAUGCUGUAGCAUUACAAUUUCCCUUCACUGGAACUAAGAGGCUGAAACCUGUUCCAGCAUGACGAUGUCCCUGUGCACAAAGCGAGCUCCAAGCGAGCUCCAUGAAGACAUGGUGUGUGAAGGUUGGAGUGGAAGAACUCGAGUGUCCUGCACAGAGCCCUGACCUCAACCCCACUGAACACCUUUGGGAUGAACUGGAACACCGACUGAAGCCCAACAUCAGCGCCUGAUCUCACUAAUGCUCUUGUAGCUGAAUGAUCACAAAUCCCCACAGCCACGCUCCAACAUCUAGUGGAAAGCCUUCCCAGAAGAGUGGAGCUUAUUAUAACAGUAAAGGGGAAUAAAUCUGAAAUGAGAUGUUCAUAAAGCACAAAGGGGUGCGAUGGUGAGCUGUCCACAAACAUUUGGCCUUGUAGUGUAGGUGUGUGUCAUUAUGGCACCUGCUAAAGCCAUGGCUUGAGUUGCCAAUCAUGGAACCAACUUGUAACUUUAGCAUGUUAGACCUAAUAGACCUGCUGCUAAUGAUCAGAUUGUAUUAAACCUGGCCAAAAUGGUAUUUCAUAGAUCAUGUGAUUUUUAUGAGCUUUGCCAUGAUUCCUAAAAAUAUAUUGUAUUAUGUGCUCACCAGCAGUGAAGCAAGGAGUAGAAAUGAGACUAAAUCACAGAAAAAGAAAAUGAGAAACUUCAUACAUGGUUGAAACAAGCUGAGCCAGACUCGUUUGACUUUCAGUUUUAAUAGUGAAGAUUUCAGGACAAUAAAAUGGAGCUGCUAGACUUCUGGAUUGACUUACCUUCAUGUGCGGUGGCAUCAUUGCUUACAUCUCUAAAAACUGACGUGGUUAGGAACCAAAUAUGAAAUACAAGUGUUUACACAUGUGAGAACAUUCCUUUAAGAACUUUUAAAGGUCCCAGCCACCAUCGCGGUGGAUGACAGUAACAUUCCUGUGGAAGUGCACUUGGAAGUCAGUGUCAUUUUAUAUAGAACGGCUACAGAGUAUUUACAGAUUUUGUACUUUCCAAAUCCAGUGUUUGGCAAUUCUUCCUGUUGAAACCUGCUUUAAGUGGCUCUUUAUGAAAAGUUUAGGGCUCAUUAUAUAUUCAUAUGGCAGACUGUAAAGUGCCUACCUAUCUCCGCUAAACUGAUACAACCUUUAAAGGGUUAUUAGGAAUAUAAAAAGGGACUGAUUUGUCUUUUCUUUCCAAAUCACGAAGACUGCAAGACUUCAACACAUUUCCUGAUUCCUUACAGGUAAUCUGCUUAGCCCUUGACCAUUGUGUUGUUAUAUUUAAAAGUAUGUACAGUAAUAUCGUGAUUCUAAGUGUGGGUCAACAAAUACUGUGUUUGUGUUACAAAUUAAACCUGUCUGUAUAUCAGAUUUAA